GCUUUUUAGCCCAGCCUGCAUCUAGGCAUCCACACAUUCUACACUCCUCAGUCUGCGGGCUACAUACCCCGAUCCGCGCAUCUCCUAUGACCCGUCUGCCGUAGCGCUUCUCACAAUCUCAACGAAUUUAUUCGCACUGCAGGUGGCGCUGUUUUUUUAAAAGAUGGCCGCUCCCGGCUCCUGGAUGCCCUGGGCGCUGCUCCUCGCCUCUCUGGCCUGCUCCGCUCUGUCCACCAACCUGGGUCCCACGCACCCCAAGAGGGCCUCCGGCUCGAGAGGAGGAGGGGGCGACAACAUCCUGCUCCUGGACCCUGAGAUGGGGGCGGGGGGUGGACACCACCGCAGGAAGCACGGUGGAGGUGGUGGUGGUGGUGGUGGCGGCGGCGGCGGUGGUGGGAGAAAUGGGAAGGCCAGUGCCUCACUGCUGUCCCACAGGCCCACAGUGCACCACCCUGCCCGGCCCGAAGACGACGGCCCGGGCCUGGAGGGGCUGAGCCCCGUGCGGCUGGAGAUGGGGCCGGGGGACAGGGAGCGGGAGAGACCCCACCGGGGGUUCAGAGGUGCCCCCUCCCACGCCCGAGACAACCACCCGCCCGGCGGAGAGCUGGGGAGGAAGGGCAGGAAGCACGGGCAGGGAAACGGGCACGCGCACGGGCAUGGGCAUGGGCAUCAGCACGGGCAUCUGCACGGCCACCUGCACGGACACGGGCAUCAGGCCGAACACAAGCGGCAUGGCGGACGGAAGGAGAAGGCCAGACAUGGUGAGGUCCGGGAGGGGUCAGGUUUUCCUCCCGAGCUCGAGUUGAAGGACAGGGACGUGCUCGUCGAGCGCUCCUCUACCCCCAACCAAAGCCCUGCUCUCCCCUCUCGCGACCCCUCCCCCGCCUCCCGCAUCCCCGUUGCCGUGGAGACCAGCGAGCAUUUCCCCACGUUACCCCCGGCCUCCACCAAACCCCAGAAGUCUGGUCGAGGGAAGGCCCAGGGCGAGGUGAUGCCCACUCUGGACAUGAACAUGUUUGACUGGACCGACUACGAGGACAUGAAGCCUGUGGGCUCCUGGCCCUCGUCCAAGAAAAAAGAUAAGCGUAAGAACUUGAGCAACACCAAUGUGACUGUCGAUGCCGAUGUCAUUGAGCCAUGUGACCACCACCUGGACUGUCUGCCUGGCUCCUGCUGCGACCUGAGGCAACAUGAAUGCAAGCCGCACAGCCGAGGGCUCAACAAUAAGUGCUAUGAUGACUGCAUGUGCGAGGAAGGCCUCCGUUGCUAUGCUAAGUUCCACCGGAAGCGCCGUGUGACUCGACGAAAAGGCCGCUGCGUGGAGCCGGAGUCCGCCAACAGCGACCAGGGAGCUUUCAUCACCAUCUGAGAGAAAGACAGAGGGUGUGUGUGUGUGGGUGUGUGUGUGUGUGUGUGUGUGGGUGUGUGUGGGUCUGUGUGUAAGGGAGUGGGAAAGACAUAAAAUGUGUGUGUGUGUGUGUGUGUGUGUGAGAGAGAGAGAGAGGGCGAGAGAGAGAAAGGACUGGAUGAAGAUGCUAACAAAUGGCCUACAUACCCACCUGUUUGUCAGGCACACAGUCCAAUCCUCACAGCAGGGGAUGGGGGAGGGAGAGGGGGUGGAUCAUGCCAAAUGCCAACAGUGCCAGCUAGCCUGGCCACCAUUCCUCCACACCCCCUGUCUUCCCAACCCCAUCCUACUGUGAGUGUAUGUACUGUGUGUCAAAGGUGAUUGUGCGAGCCUCUUGCUCUUCUGGUCUGCACUGUACAUAGUAGUCUCUGUCUAUGAGCCAAGCUGAGCGACCAUGUCUUUUUCUUCUUGUAUGGAUGUAACAUCCCAUCGUCAUGCUUCAGUGGUGCUUGUUAACGUCCAGAUGACAGAUGGCUGUUCCAUUUGUUCCGUUUUAAUAUGCUUUAUUUAUGCCAGUCUCUCAUAACAGGACACUUGUUUUUUCUAUUCUCUCUUUUUUGGUCUAUGCUUUUGAGGUGACUGAAGGACUCGUCGUUUUUGGGAGAGUGGAGUGUCAAAUCUGUCUGUUACUAGGGGAGAGGGCGAGAGACAGUGAUGGAUGUGUGUAGAUAAUGGCAGAGAUGAAUGACAAAUAGUUAGAGAUGGAGAGAUGGAUGGGUUGCCUGGUCUUUUGACAGUGAGGGGGCGUCCGUGAAGACAUGCCGUGCCAAUGGAGUAGCCUCUGUGCCGUUGCUGAUGCUGUUGUCACGGAGAAAGAUGGCCGCCUCCUUUCUCUAAACUCUUUCUUGUCUUUGAAUGAAAAAAAUCUACUCUGUACAUCUCACUUAUUGUAUGUCAUCUUUGUUUAUGAUGUUUUUUCACAGCUCAUCCUGUCCUAAUUAAAAACCUGAAAUGGUA